GUCCAAAGAAAGCAUCGGGCACAUGAAUCUAGAUAGAUACUCUCCAUCUUACAGUCGAUCAAGUAAGUACCACCAUUCAACAGAAGCACGCAUAACUACACAUCAAACCUAACAACACCAAAGACGAUUAAUCAGCAGGUAGAUAACAUGACUUACGAGACGAUUACGAUCAGACCCUCGACGAGAAGGUAGUCGAUAGCCCCGAAAACAUGUCACCACAGCAGCCAACCUCCAAGAACCAGAUCUUUCUCAACGAGAAGGAAGUCAAGCCCGCGCACAGCUUUCUCCAUAGAGCGAUGGUACUGACAGAACUUCCCCAGAUACCCCAAGACUUGCCUGCCAUGCAGACCUGGUUCUUCACCCGCUGCAAAACCUACGACCACGCCUACAACCUGCUUCGCAUAUACCAGACCAUGCUUGUUGACCUCAAUUUUACUCCACGUGAGAUCGAGGGCUGGUUGGCGCAGGGCCAUCUUGGUCGCAACAUCGUGAUGCACUUUGGGGGCAACCUAGGUAAGAUCCCCGAGCACCGGAUGACGUGGUUGAUGGAGCAUAUCUGGAUCUGGGGCCUGGAGCCCGAUGCCGCUCUCGAGGCAGACGUGCCGGUCUUCAAGUUCAGGGACGAAGAUAGAGAGUAUCUGGGACAAUUCGACGCUCCUGUGAAAUGGGCCGGCAUGCUGACUCUCGAGAUCGAGUCCGCCAUGGAGUGGGAGCUCGAAUUCGCUCGGUUGCUUGCCCGUAUGCAGGCCGCAACCGAAUCGAAGGGCUUUUUGGAGACUUGGCUGCUGGGAUAGGAGAAGGAGGAGCCUUUGAAGUAUGAGCGGUGUGUUUCGCCGGACAACUGGAGAGAGUUGUACUCUAGCUGGGAAAGGCGGCAGAGG